AUGCGGUGGAUCGCGCUGCUGCUGUUGGCGGCGGUCGGCCGAGCUGCCGAGGAGGAGCACUACAUCGACGUGAAGCAGAUCGUGAAGGGUCGUCCUGAUUUGCCAUUGAUGUUCUCACCCGAGGCCGAUGUUUCCGUUUUGUAUCAAGCGUUGAAAUCGGGCACCGUCGAAGCAAUCGCCAAGUUGCCGAUGGCGCAAAACGACAGCGAGGCGAAUCGCGAGAAAAACCCAGACGAGUUUUACAAGCUGUUUCAACUACCAGCCGACAUCAUGACCAAGUUGGCUGCCGACGCCGGCUACAUCGAACACCCUCAGACCACCACAAGCGCACCUUGGAUCGUGCGGAGAAAAGUUCACAGAAGCUCUGAAGAGGAUAGCGCCUUCACACAGAACUCCGAUGAGGAGGAAGAAGAAAGGCCAAAGAAAAAGAAGAAGUACCACAAGAAGAAAGACCCAACAUUAAUCGCGAUAUCGGACUUACUUCCAAAAUUGGACACAACCUCCCAAGUGCCAGUCGCUCCACUACAGCAAGGAUUGGGAGCUACUUCUAUGUCCAAUCCCGUCCAUCUGCGCACGCUUCCCAUAGUGCAAAGCGAUACUGGACUUCCUCAAACUAAUGUCCAACCCCAGUAUGCCUAUCAGCCAAUCGUUCAGCCAGAUGGAAAAACGUAUUACCAACAAGUGCUCAUUCUGCCUGGGAGAGUAGUCAGCAGCAAGGAUUCACUGCCGAGCCAACCACCUGUGGAAUCGUCGCCUUUUAUACAAGAAAAACCAAGGAAUGUAGUCCAAGCUGCUUACUCGGUCGAAGCCCCAACGUUCCCUCCUCCAGUGGAAGUGUAUCGUCGAAGUCCCAUUCCUACCACUACCCCUGCACUAUUUUCCCAAUCAACAACGACUAAGCGCUUAUAUCCACCACGGUUCAUAACACCUAUCAGCAAUGCACAGUUCCAGCAAGACAUCCUUGGGACACAAAUACCUCAGAGCGAUCCUAUUGCCAUCACCUCGUCGCAGCAGCCACUGUCUUCCACGUCCAGCACGAAUGGCGAUUAUCCAACUACGAAAAUUUUCAAGACAUAUCUGCCCAGCGAAGAGGAACAACGAAGAACAGCCCGAGUUUUCGCAGAUGAGGCUGCCGUGCCUCCGAGAUUGGCGCUAAAGGCCACACAAGCUAGUCCACUUCGGAUUCGGACCAUCGAGACAGCAACGGCUGCAGAAAUGGAUCAAAUUCGAACUCUCACAAGGGGAGAAGAACUGAGAGAGGUCAUGGAACAACGCAGGGAGGAAGUGGAGUCGCAGCCGCGAAAGCGAAAACUGCGGAAGAUGCGAAAGUCGAGGAAACCAUCGAAAAAGAGCAAAUCCAUGGACCAGGAUAGCAUAGAAAUGCGAUCGCGGGAAAAGACAUCCGAAGAGUACGAGAAGAGCCAAACGAAGGCACCUGAAACGAAAUUUCUCGAGCGCGUGCCAGUUUUGACACUUCCUGCUAUCCGAAAGCAUGAACGAAUGUUUGCAUCGAAGACUUGGAAGAAGAGAAAGUACGAGCCGGUCGAUACGUACGUUUCCAAGGAGCUGCAGAGUUUUGAAGAGAAAACACCCGCGGAUGAGGACACGACGGAGCCGCCAAAGAAAAAGCGAAAGACCAGAAGGAGCGGAAAAACCAAGAAACCUUUGAGAGUUUACACACAAAAUGAUGACGUCGGCGUAAAGCAAGAAGAUACCGCUGAAAACAACUACAGACAGGAACCCCAACAGGCGGAACCUGUGACUUCGGCUCCAUUGAAGCGCAAAACUCUACGCUUACGGAGAUUCAGGGAGAGAACGGAGUCGAGCCGAGCGAGGAGCGAAGAACGAAGUGGGGAGAGUCGACCAGUACGAACGAAAAAGUUAAAGAGAUCCAAAAGGGUUAAGAAAGCUAAGUCGUCGAAAAACAGCAUGUCGUGGAAUGACUCGAACCUUCCACAUCGGCAACACUGCUUGAAUAUUCGAACAUUUGCACGGCAGUUUGGCAUCAAUGAUGUGGACGAGUUUUCACGGGACCACUGUGCCUUCAUCGAAAACUACUACCCACAACUGACGUGUGAGAGAAGGCAGGAAUACGUUGCCGAGUGCCAGAAGUACUACUAA